AUGAUGACAAUUUUCUUCUCUCCGCCUUUGUUGGAAACUCUACUGACGAUGAUUUCUGAAUUGGAUUACGACUGCGCUUUAAACUUCAACGGAAGCUGCUAUAUCCCAUCCGAAGAACUCAUCAAUUCAACUCAAAGCCUUGGUCUCGACUCGGCCCAAAAAAUAUGUCAGGAAAAUGACGGGAAUCUCAUUUCAAUUCACUCUGCCAACGAGAAUCGAUUCGUUUUGAACUAUUAUAAAAGUCUUGGUCUGGAUUCUGUGUUACUUGGUGCCGUGGUGACAAAGCAUUUCUUCUGGAUGGAUGACAGCCACUGGGAUUUUUCAAACAUAGAUCACACAAAUGAUGAAUAUGGCACUUGUCUGAAAAUGGCUCUCCAGAACAAUAAAACUGUAUCAAAAGGCUCAUGGUACAUCACUCCCUGCGAUGGCUCUCACUACUUCAUGUGCAAACGUCCAGCAGGGAAUUCCGACUUGAUUCAUGUCCCCAAAGUAGUCAAAGCACCACCUUCUCAAUGUAACAAGGUGCUCUUGAUGUCCGGAACAUUUUCAUCUCCUACCUAUCCUGAGAACUGCAUGUACACUUUGAAAACACUAGAUGGACAACAGAUUCGAAUAACUUUUCAGAAGUUUUAUGUGGCAAAUGGAUAUAUUCAAAUUGUUGAGGAUUAUCAAGGGGCGGAAGUGAAGCAGAAAUUCAGUGGAACCAAUAAAAAUCUUCGAUACAAAUCUCUCACUAAUGAGCUAAAAGUUUUGUUCAUAACAGAGGAUUUGGAGAACAUGAAUUCCGAAUUUGUCGCAAAGUUUUUUAGUGUUUUUGAAACUGAAUAA